AUGGCUAAAAGAGCAAGAUCCGGAGACUCUAGUGGGCCUAAAAAGAAGUAUAAAGUUGUCCAUGCUACUAUAGAUCCAAAUACAUCCGGUAUAUAUGCUACUUGUGCCAGAAGACAUGAAAAGCAAGCAUCAAGGGAGCUAAUGAGCAUUCUACAGGAAAAGGCGGAAGAAUACUACGUUGAUGAACUCAAAGCUAUCGCAGAGACUGAACUCUUGAGCGACAAAGAAGAUGAAGAAGAACUAUCUGUGGAAGAGCAGGUGCAGAAAGAGCUAGAGCAAUUGAAGAAAGGCAGUGGUCCUGUGGAUACCAAAAAGAAACCGGUCCUGCAAGAGAUUCAGUUGGGAUGUGAAUGUAUGGUCUUCAUCAAGACUAGAAGACCAAUCAAGCCGGAAUGCUUUGUCAAACGCCUAGUACAGGAACUUGCAUCGUCAGAAAAUACUACCAAGGUUUCGCGGUACGUCCAGAGAUUGACACCCAUCACUGAUUCCUGCAAUGCUAGUCUAACAGAAUUGGAAAAACUCUGCAGAAGGGUGCUUGCUCCUCAUUUCCAUACUGACAAAGAGAUAAAGUACAAGUUCGCGGUCGAGGUGGUAAAACGUAACUUCAACACGAUAGACAAAAUGGAUAUCAUUAAACUUGUGGCGAAGGAGGUCGGUAAGAGUGGGGAGUUGGGGCACUCUGUGGACCUAAAGGACUACGACAAGCUGGUCAUCGUGCAGUGCUAUAAGAACAAUAUCGGCAUGUCUGUGGUGGACAAGGAUUACUCUGUGGCUCUUAAAAAGUAUAACCUGCAAGAAAUAUAUGACACCAAGCUACAAACAAAGGAUGCAUAG